UCCCACAGCUGCACAGCUUCCGGGUCUGCAUGGCCUGAUAGAAGAUGAAGACCAACACCGCACCUGCCUUCCCAGAGGCCUGCAAAGCCACAGGCCAGGGCGAGAAGAGCUGCCCUGUGUGCCAGGCCUGGGGAGGCAUCCCAAGUCCAGGACGGGGCUCUGGGACUGGGCUCCAACCCAGUGAGUUGCCGACAGCCCCAACACCACCGUCACAGCAGAAGACUCAAGUCAGAACUGUCCUGGCUCCUAAGCAGAAAGUUCUGGUGACAGGAGGAGGAGGCUACCUGGGCUUCAGCCUGGGAUCCACUCUGGCCAAGGGCGGCACUUCUGUCAUCCUGCUGGACCUCCGCAGACCUCAGUGGGAACUGCCACCAGGAACCGAGUUCAUCCAGGCUGACAUCCGAGAUGAAGAAGCCCUAUACUGUGCCUUCGAAGGGGUGGACUGUGUCUUUCACAUGGCCUCCUAUGGGAUGUCCGGCGCUGAGAAGCUGCAAAAAGAACAGAUUGAGUCUAUAAAUGUUGGAGGCACCAAGCUGGUGAUUGAUGUCUGUGUCCGCCGGCGUGUCCCACGGCUUGUGUACACCAGCACCGUCAACGUGGCCUUUGGCGGGAAGCCCAUAGAGCAAGGUGAUGAGGACUCCGUGCCAUAUUUUCCACUGGACAAGCACAUGGACCACUACUCCCGGACCAAAGCCAUCGCUGACCAGUUGAUGCUCAUGGCCAACGGGACCCCUCUUCCAGGAGGAGGGACCCUCCGGACCUGUGUGCUGCGGCCCCCGGGCAUCUACGGCCCUGAAGAGCAGAGGCACCUGCCACGAGUAGCAAGCCACAUCAAGAGAAGGCUGUUCGUGUUCCGAUUUGGAGACCGCAAGACACGCAUGAACUGGGUCCAUGUGUGCAACCUGGUACAGGCACAUGUGCUGGCGGCCGAGGCGCUCACUGCGGCCAAGGGCUUCGUGGCUAGCGGUCAGGCAUACUACAUCAAUGACGGCGAGAGUGUCAACGUCUUCGAGUGGAUGGCCCCGCUGUUUGAGAAGCUAGGGCGCAGGCAGCCCUGGAUCCAGGUGCCGACUUCCUGGGUUUACCUGACAGCCACCGUCAUGGAGUUCCUGCACCUGGCUCUGAGGCCCAUCUGCAGCAUCCCACCCCUGCUCACCCGCAGUGAGGUGCACAGCGUGGCAGUCACGCACACCUUCCGGAUCGCCAAGGCCCGCGCUCAGCUUGGCUACGCGCCGGACAAGUUCAGCUUCGCCGACGCCGUGGAGCUGUACGUGCAGUCCACGAGCCGGCGGCCUCGCGGCUCCCCCGCACGGACACUCCUGCGGUGGCUGCUCGGGCUGCUGCUGUUCCUGGGCUUGCUCGCCCUGCUCCUGCGCUUCCUAGAUCUGCAACCCUUGCAGGCGACCGAGGAGCGUCUGUGA